UGCAUUGCAUUCCAAUAAUCCGACAAGAGAAAGAAUUGUCUCACUAAAUGUACCAAGUCACGUUGUAAUUGUUUGAUAAGACAAUGUUGGGGCGACUGGGGAGUGUGGGGCGGGUGUGUCCUCUUGUCAACCACCAACGACUACUUAAUAAUCUUCUUGGUCGUACUUAUACGUCCGCUGUUCUUGGUAGGAGAACUGACCCUGGUGGGGGGGCCAAGCUUAAAGCGUCGUUGUCAUCCUACGCGUGUCAGCAUCGUCUGUUUUCCUCAGGAUCACGACCUCUCCCAGAUCACGAAUCACGAGAGGAGCUAACCCAGUCUUCUCCACCCCCACCACCAGAGAUGAGUAAAGACCCUGCCGUGGAAGCCCUUAGAAGCUCCUCCUCUGCAGACGAAACCGAUGCAACAGAAUUCACCCUCAUGCUGACUGACGAGGAAAUGGACCAGUUGACCGGAGGGGACGAAGAGCUGGUGAAGAAGGUCAAAUAUAUACAGUUGGAGCAUGAAGUCUACAGACAAGAAGGAAUAAACGUUCCGUCCAAAGUGGGACCCAAACAGUGGAAGGAACUUCUUGCGUUGCCAUCUCCAGGAUCGCGCAGACGACAUUACAACUUUCUCUUUAUAAAUGAAAUGAAGUCCCAAAACGAGAGAAUCAAGAAACAACAAAGAAGGGAAGAGAGGAUGAAAGUAUUGGAAGAAUCUGGACAAAUGUGGGGUGAAAGGGGGGAUGAUCCAAACGGUGUGAUAUAUGGACUGGGAAGAAACUCGCUCUUUCUUCGACUUUAUGACACAACAGUUAACAGAUUUCAUCACAACAAAGUCGCCCAAGCCAUGAGAUUUGGACGUCCGCUAGUGUUGGAUUGCAGUUAUGACGAGUUUAUGACGCCAAGGGAGUCGAAGAAUUGUGCCAAACAGAUUGAGCUUAUGUUGAGUCAGAAUCGAUCUCACAACGAGCCGUUUGACCUCCACCUCUGCAACGCUUCUAGAGACUCGAGACUCAUGCAGUAUUUGAUCAAAAUCAAUCCAGCCCUGUACGACGACACACAUCCGAUACACGUAACAGACAAAAGUUACUUGGAUGUCUUUCCACACAAGGAGUUGGUCUACUUGACACCAAAUGCUAGGGAAGAGUUGGAAGAGUUUAGCGAAGAUGAAAUUUACAUUAUUGGUGCAAUGGUGGAUAGAUCUGACCCGCGACCUUUGUCAAUGGCGAAGGCCAAGAGAGAAAAUUUACGAAUGAAAAAGUUGCCUUUGGAUAAACAUCUUGUUUGGGGCUUGGGUGGAAAAUCACUCACCAUCAAUCAAAUGGUGGCCAUAAUGUUGGACAUUAGGGCAACUGGUGGCGAUUGGAAGGUGGCUUUGGAUCAUGUUCCAAAGAGAAAGCUGAACCGUGAUUUUCAUCCAUAUCCAAAUCAGAUUAACGAUGGGAACAAGUACCCUGAAAAUAUUCACGAGUUCAGCAGGCCGCAGCACCCUUCUCGUCAUGAGCACAGGUCGCCGGUGUUAGAAGAUUUUGAGUUCAACAACCGUCGAAAAGGAUUUCGAGGGUAUGACACAUCCAGCAGUGGAUCUAAUCAUAGACCACAUAAAUACCAAGUUAGAUUAAAUGAAGGGAAUAACAACUAUCAAAACAGUAACAAUAAAAAUAAGAGUAAAAUAAGUGCUCGUAGUUUGUUUGAUGAUUAGGCUAAUUUAGUUAAUCGAAAUACACAACAUAUUCUAGUUUAUGCAUAAGUAGCUCAUAUUUCUAGCUAUACGAUAAUUUGUUCUGGUCAGCCAAGUACAUUAUAUGCAGUCGGCAUUUUAUGCAUGACGUUUAAAUGUAUAUGAAUUAUUUUCUACACUUUUAGAUGUUCAACUUAAUAAAUGCCAAUACUCGGCCAAUUAAAAUUGA